AUGCCGGCUGGCCACGGUUACCGUUCGCGUACGCGCGACCUGUUCCAGCGCGGGUACCGCCAGAAUGGCGUCAUCCCGCUCUCCACGUACCUGCGCACCUACAAGGUCGGCGACUACGUGGACGUGAAGGCCAACGCCGCCGUCCAGAAGGGUAUGCCGCACAAGUUCUACCACGGAAAGACCGGUGUCGUCUGGAACGUGACCAAGCGGGCCGUCGGCGUCGAGAUCAACAAGACGGUCGGGAACCGCAUCCUGCGCAAGCGCAUCCACGUGCGCGUCGAGCACGUGAAGCCGUCGCGCUGCCGCGAGGGGUUCCUCAUCCGGCGCGCGGAGAACGACAAGAAGAAGCAGGAGGCCAAGGCCGCGGGCAAGACGGUGGACAUGAAGUCGCUGCGCCGCAAGCCCGCGGAGCCCAAGGGCGCGUUCUCCGUGUCGAACGUGUCGCUCCAGACGGUCACGCCCGUGCCGUACGACAUCCUCAAGGAGGGCCUCGCCGCGUAA